GGAGCCCUGGCGGAGUUCCGCCCCCCCGAGCGCGGCCUCGGGGAAGAAGCGGCCUGCGGCGAGGCCGGCGGGCCUCAGGCUUCCUUGCUGGGCGGCGCCCCCGCCAAGGCCGUGCCCAGCACGCAGCAGCUUCUGGACGCCUUCGUUCCGUGGAAGGAGGAGGCUUCGGAGGGCAGCCGUCCUGAGUCGGAGCACGACGGCUUGACGCCCUACGAGCCGCCGGUGCACAGAGGUGAGCCGCAGCCUGCAGAGGGCCGCGCCGCAGCCACCGGAGAGGAUGCUGGAGGGAAGCCGCUGGCCGCAGCUGGGCUCCUUGAGGGGGAGUGCUCCACGCGAGCUCCAGGACCGCCGGAAGGCGCCCAGAGCCCGAGGCGUCGGGUGGCGGAGGAGGAGCCCGAGCAGGAAGCCAGACGCGCGCCCCCGGCCGAGGCCGCCGCGCCCCUGCGGCCCCACCCGCCGCCGGCGCAGCGCCCGCGCGCCGGAGGCGCCGCUGGAGGCGCCGGCGCCGCUGGCGGGCGGAGGCGGCCUCGCGGCGCCCUCCGCCGGCGUGCGCGGAGGUGCACAAGGAGACAUCCUCUUCGAGGCAGAGGCCGCCUUCAACCGCAUGGACGUCAACGGUGAUGGCGUGAUUACGCGUGCCGAGUACUACGCCGCUGCAGGCGCCCAGCCGCCUCUGCCGCUGCCCCCCGGGCGCCCCGAGUGCGCGGCUCCGCUCGUUCCUGGCGGUGUUCCGCGGCCGGCCGCGGCGGCAGAGGCGUUCACGCCAUUCGGCAGCCAGCGUGGCUUCUCCGAGCCCUCCUGGGCCGAGACGUCGGACCUCCGCGGGCGCACGUGGCCGGGCUCGCCCGUGCCGAGCACGCCGGUGGAAGG